AUGGCAACAGUAUCCGUACCAGCAAACUCGUUACCGUCGGAGAAGUACCGUGGGGCAGUCGUCGAGGAUCUGCAGCUGCCUCCUGCGUUCGCACUGCCGUCGAGUGAAGCGAUCUCGCGGGCCAUCGAGCUCGCUUACGAGCGUGACUUCUCGUAUAUUCCGAUCCUCGACCAGAAGCGUAGACCAAUAGGGUACGUCGAUGUCGCCGUACUCAAGGCAAAGUGGGAAGCAAGCGAGGCCAAUCCGAGUGACAGAGUGUCGCUAUACAUGACCAAGUUCGACCGUUCGCACUCGAAAGCAUACACGCUGAUCACCCCGUCGAGUCCUCUCGCCGACCUGGAGGAAUUCUUGCGACAUACUAUAUUCGCCCUUGUCACAGACCGCGACCGCAAAUUCGUCCUCGCUGUCGCUACAUCACAAGAUUUGGAGAACUUCGUCUCCCGUCGUGGUUUCUGA